GAUGCAGUGAUCUUCGGGGUGGAGACCCACGUCUGUGUGCAGCAGACGGCUUUUGACCUCCUGAGUAAGGGCUUCCAGGUUCACGUCCUGGCAGAUGGCGUUUCCUCCCAGCGGGCCCCCGACCGCGAGGUCGCCCUGCAACGUCUCCGGCAGGCCGGCUGCUUCGUGACCACCGCGGAAUCCGCACUCUUCGAGCUCCUCCGCUCGAAGGACGCGCCCCAGUUCAAGGCGGUGUCUGGCGUGGUCAAAGCCUACGGCGACAAGCUGCGGAGUCUGAAGACCGCAGGAAGCGGUGGCUACUAA